CACAGCCCUCGUUACGUGUGUCAGAGACAUUGCAGCAUCCAGGCACCGGCUGUUAGAAUUCACGGUUUGGAUCUUGAAGAGACCUUUAACCAGCGGAACGUCUUGUUUGGGGACCAGAAACAAGUUUACUUUCUUGUGGCCGGCAAAAUAAUGGCUGCUAACGAAUCUCAGCCUCUCACCGCUCUGGAUUUGUAUGAACGGGUGACAUCACAAGGAGACAGAGUUCGUUUAUUAAAGACUGAAAAAGCAACCAAGGAUGAAAUUGAUGCAGCCGUGAAGCAGCUGCUGUCACUGAAAGUGGACUAUAAGAGUUUAACUGGACAAGAUUACAAAGCUGGGUCGCCUCCGACAGACAGCGCAGCCGUCGCCAACGGCCCGGCAGCGGAGGACGAUGGGGAGGAUUUCGUUGAUCCAUGGACGGUGCAGACAGGCAGCGCCAAAGGAGUUGACUAUGACAAGCUUAUAGUUCGAUUUGGAAGCAGCAAAAUAGACAAGGAACUUAUAGACAGAAUUGAAAAGGUCACAGGACAGAAAGCACAUCACUUUUUACGGAGGGGAAUAUUUUUUUCACACAGGGAUAUGCAUCAUGUGUUGGAUGCUUAUGAGAAGAAGAAGCCAUUUUACAUCUACACCGGAAGGGGCCCAUCCUCUGAAGCAAUGCACGUCGGCCAUCUGAUCCCAUUUAUCUUCACAAAGUGGCUGCAAGACGUUUUUAACGUUCCGCUGGUUGUCCAGUUGACCGAUGACGAGAAGUACCUGUGGAAAGACCUGACUAUAGAGAAAGCGUACCAGUACGCCAUCGAAAAUGCCAAAGACAUCAUCGCUUGCGGUUUUGAUAUGAAUAAAACAUUUAUCUUUUCAGACCUUGAAUACAUGGGGAAGAGUUCCAGUUUCUACAAAAACGUGGUGCAGGUCCAGAAGCACGUAACGUUCAACCAAGUGAAGGGAAUAUUCGGUUUCACAGACAGCGACUGUAUAGGAAAAAUCAGCUUUCCAGCCAUCCAGGCCGCCCCGUCAUUCAGCAGCUCCUUCCCAGAAAUCUUCAACGGCAGAAGAGAUAUUCAGUGCCUCAUCCCAUGCGCGAUCGAUCAGGAUCCAUAUUUUCGGAUGACGAGGGAUGUUGCUCCCAGGAUAAAUUACCCCAAACCAGCGCUGCUUCACUCCACCUUUUUUCCAGCUUUGCAAGGAGCCCAGACAAAAAUGAGUGCCAGCGAUUCCAACUCCUCCAUAUUCCUUACAGACACUCCCAAACAGAUCAAAACAAAGAUCAAUAAGCACGCGUUUUCCGGGGGUAAAGACACAAUCGAGGAGCAUAGGAAGUACGGAGGCAACUGCGAGGUGGACGUCUGUUACAUGUAUUUGACUUACCUUCUUGAGGAUGAUGAGAAACUUGAACAAGUGCGACAGGAUUAUACAAGUGGAGCAAUGCUAACCGGGGAGCUUAAGAAAUUAUUAAUAGAUACAUUACAGCCACUGGUUGCAGCUCAUCAAGAGAGGAGGAAGCAGAUCACGGAUGAGAUAGCGAAGCAGUUUAUGACUCCAAGGAAGCUGGCGUUUGACUUUUAACAUUUUAAAUAAUUUUGUCAACAACAAUAUACUUAAAUUAACCUUUAAAAGAAGAAGACCAUGCAAAACCACUUGGGAGAACGCAGCACGCUGCAGAAUGUUAUACUCAAUGGUUGUUCUUCACACCCAGAGGGUCCAUUGUACAAUAAACCAAUAAAAUAGAUUCAAAAACCUA